CUUAUCUGAAAGAUACAUGCCGUUCAACAUGGCGGAGGAAGACGACCCGGUUGUGCAUGAGAUUGAUGUCUUCAUUUCCAAAAGUCUUGCAGAUAAACUGUAUUUACUUCAGUACCCUGUUCGUCCUGGAAGGAUGACUUAUGAUGAUGUAGAUAUUCUCUCUGCAAGAGUUAAGCCGGUUCAGAAGAAAGUUGAGGUUGAAGCAACCAUCAACACUAGAAGUCCUCAUUAUGCCAGGAGCAAGGGAGAACAGAUUGCGUUGAAUGUUGAUGGUGCCUUUGGAACUUCUUCAGAUUCUUUGUACUCUAGUGACAAAAUGGAUAAACAGGUGCUAACCUCAGUUUCCACAGGGGAAAAAUCUGGAAGAUAUGCUGCAGGGAUUUUCAAAGAUGGAGAGCUACAUUUGACUCCAUUGAGUGCUAUUAUUCAGAUGAGACCCAGUUUUAGUUACCUGGACAGAGCAGAUCUAAAAAUAAAAACUGAAGUGGGUCCUGCAGGAGAUGGGGGUGAGUCAUCACAGGAUGAAGAGGAGGAGGUAAAGCCAGUCACUGUCAAGUUUGCCCAGCAGGAAUCAGAGGAGGCCAAGGCUCGCAGAAUGGCCUCGUUUAAUUACCUCCAGAAAAAACAACAGGAGGAGGCAUGGCAGCCCCUUAACUAUCACAGUAUUAGUAGUGGUAGAGCUGAAUCUGAGAGGCUUCAGUUGUAUGCUGGGAAGGGUGAUGAGUUGUCAGAGUUCCAGUUACAACCUGGGGAAUACCUACAGGCCCUCAUGCCUGAGACAGACCAAGCAAAAGAAGAGAUGCCUGCAAUGCCCAGUAAUGUAUUGUCCCUGAUACAACUGAGAACCAUGCCACUACAAGACCAAGUCAAAACAUUAUUAACAAAUGCCAAAGUAAUCCGUUUUAGCCAGUUGUUAGCACUGCUUCCUCAAGGUGUGGAUGCAACAGCUGUUCUCAGAUCUCUGCAACAGGUGGCAGUAUUGGUUCAAGGCUGCUGGGUUGUCAAAAGUGAGAUUUUGUAUCCAAAAGAGGCUACAAGUCCCCACAGUGGUGUAUCAGCAGAGCAUCUUUGUAGAGGUAGAGACUAUGUGAUGUGGAGAUUCACCCAGUCUAGACAUGUCACAAGGAAGGAUAUUGCGUCCAUUGUUAAGCUACCAGCUGAGGAUGUCAAAGACAUCCUUGAACAAAUCUCACAUAUUCGAGUUAACUGUGGUUGGGAAUUCCUGUUUACGUAUGACUUAGAUUUUACAUGCAGGUAUCCAGAUAUUGUUCAAAGACAGAAAAUGUUAUGGGAAGCUAAAUAUCAGGGUCUGGCCAAACUUCUGAAAAUCCCCAAGGAACAUGAUAAGAAGUUCAAAGACAAAGAACCACCCAUUUCACCGGGGGAAAAGCCAACAAGACGUCGCAGAAAUUCCUCAAGGUCCUCGACAGGCACACGCAGAAAACGUACACUAAGUGGCCGGUCUUUGUCCGAUUACAGUGAUGCAGAAAUGGAUGCCAUCAAACAAGAUCUAGAAAACCAUGACGAUUUACUUUCCAGAAAAGAAGAGCCAAUGGAAGUGUCUUCUACUAAACUUACAAACUUUAAUGGUACCAUAGAGGUCACUCCAAAUUCUGACUGUGAUACUACCAAGGGAGAAAACUCUUUUGAUUCUCCUGAAUUUAAACUUGAAAUCCUCAAUUUUGUGAAGGAGAAACUGUAUACAAGAUUUGUGGUUAGUGCAAGUGAACUUCAAAGAUUAUUUCAGAUGCAUCUCGCUCAGAGUCCCCCAGGGCAAAUUCUGGCAACAGGUGUGUCAGAUAAAAUCCUGGAGGAGUCCGCCUUAAAGGUUGGAGGGGUGCUACUACAAAAUCAGUGGCCACCAAAUUCUCAACAAGAACCCAUAUAUGCCUUACCAAAAAUUGGAGAUAAACUGGACCCUGCUCGUACUGUGUUGUUGAAUGCCUUUACAUCUAGUCAUAAGAUUAACAGGAAACAGUUUAUGAAGUCAGUAGAGGAGCAAUGUGGGUUUACUCUCUCUGAGCAGGACACAAAGCUAUUACUCAAGGACUAUUGUGUCCAGAAAGCCAAUAGCUGGAUGCUGAAGGGAACCAUUCCUGCCACAUGACCCCGGCUGUUUUAUAGUUGUACUUAAUCCGCUUUUGUUAAACUGUUGUUAUAAUAAAUUAUGAGAUGAUAAA